AGAGAGGCAAACAAAUGUGCAGAUAGACUAGCAAAUUUAGGAGCUAACCACCAAGACAACCUAGUUGUGCUUGAUGACCUUCCAAGUGCCAUUGUAAGUCUGUUGAUAGCAGACAUGGUGGGUGCAUCUUGUGUAAGGCCUUAGUGUCCCUAGUUUUAUCUUGUUGUUUCUUUCCUGCUUUGUUCUACUUCUUUUGAAUAAAAAAAACAAAAGAGACCAUCAUUGAGAUCCAAAAAUGCAUUCCAAUGAGUGGACAUAGUACAAGGGGUUAUGGUGGAGGUAUUGUGCAUAGUAGGAAAACUCAUGUGGGUGCACUUUCAAAUUCCUAACUUUCCAAAAGGACCCAGCAACCAUUCAACACUUUUUCCCCCAAAACCCAUUACUUGCUAGUAGGAAGGAAGGAAGGAAGGAAGAAUCGAUGCCUACCCAUCUUCUUCCCUUCUGAAACCGUCUAGACAUAGACACAUAUGGCAUAUCCUAAAACUUCUGCGAAAGGCUAGUACAUUACUGUAUGUGAUGUUCAUGUGUUGCUGGUGCAAAUGUAACUUUGGUGGCACCAUGGGUGUGACAGUUGGGCUCUUAGUUCUUUUUGUUUUGGGUGCUAGCUUGUCCUGUGAUGCCAGAAAAUUAAUUAUCACUGGUCUUUCUAGUAAAGAAACCACAGCAUCUGAUGUUUCCGUUUUGCAGAUAAAUCACCAGGAGUCAGAAGGGGAAGUAAAAGCCUCAGAAGAAGUUGUCAGAAUUGGAAAUGUGUGCACAAUGUGUGAAGAGUUUGUUACUGAGGCGCUGGAGUACCUUAAGGAAAACAAGACUCAGACGGAGAUAAUCGACAUCCUUCACAACACCUGCUCUCGGUUGCUCACUUUCGAGGAACAGGUAGUCACUGAGUUUUAGCAGAGUUGGUUCUGAUUGUUGAAACUGCACA